AUGGCUACUAGUGACACUGUCCCUGGGUCUUGGGUUGUACUUCUUAAACCGUAUGUGUCGGAAGACGGAUUGGCUUCUGUCACUGAAACUGUGCAAACUAUGACCCAAGAUCCUAGCAAACCAUUCUAUGUUGAGGUUAAACAAAAGUUCAACCUGCCUGAGUGCCGUGGCUUCUCAGGCGAAUUCGACCUGGACACAAAGGAGGGCAUUGAAAAAAUGGACACGGUUAUUUCUGUUGAGCCUGUUCGUCUCCUCAAACAUUGCAACAGGAUAAUACAACGCCCUAGUCCUUGGGGACUGGAGCGCAUUUCUCAGCCUAGAAAGGUUCAGCCAAAUGAGCCGUACCGUUAUGUUUACAAUGAUGAGGCUGCAGGCCAAAAUACAGUUGCCUAUAUCAUCGAUACUGGCAUUAAUCAAGAACAUGUUGAUUUUGAAAACCGAGCCUCCCGAGGGCCCAAGUUCGUCACUUCCAACCCCCCGGCGAGUGAUGACGACGUUAUGGGGCAUGGUACUCAUGUUGCUGGCACCGUUGGCGGCAAGGAGUAUGGUGUAGCUAAGAAGACAGAGAUAAUUUCAAUCAAAGUCUUCUCCGAUAUCACAGAAAGGGCCCGAAACGACGAUAUUAUAAAAGCACUGGAAUGGGUUUCUUCUGAUGCCCAGGUCCGCGGUAAGACAGGUGUUGUCAACAUGAGCCUCGGGGGACCUGGCACAAAUCCAUCUCUCAAUGCUGCAGUGGCUGCGACCGUGAGGAGUGGAGUUCCGGUUUGUGUUGCAGCGGGGAAUGAUAUGGCAACUGACAACUUUUGCCCUGCAUCUGAGCCCCUUGCAAUUACCGUGGGCUCCAUGGAUAAAACAGACGAGAUUUCAGAUUUCUCGAAUUAUGGCAGACUUGUAGAUGCAUUCGGUCCUGGAACAGACAUUACCUCAGCUUGGAUAGGCAGCACUACUGCCAAAGAAACCAUAAGUGGCACAUCCAUGGCAACUCCUCACGUAACUGGGCUUGCAUGUUCAUUGCUUAGUGAUGCGACACUAAAGGAGCAAACGCCUUAUGGGGUUAUCUCAGAAUUGAACGUUCGGGCAGAUAAGAACAAGCUCCUUGGGCUAGACAGGCUCACCAGUAAUAUCAUUGCGCAGGUUUAA